CACAAGUCCUCCCUCUUCUGCCUUUGGGGACCGGCUUCCCUGACAGGAGAGCUGGAGGACCGAGACUGGAGCUGGACUGCGGAAGGAGUAGGGCAGAAGCUAAGCCUGGUAAUUGAUAGCAUAUUCUAAAAGUUUUGGUUCUGCAGCAGCAUUCCUGAGGGAAAAUGCAGGAAGAAGUCCCCACAGGGGAGGUAUCAGAGGGGGGAGGAAAAUCCCUUCACUUCCUCCAGGCUGGGAGUUUGGAGGAAUUCCUGGAACAGAGACCUGGAGAUUGGAUGCAUCAGCAAGCAGAGGAGGUUUCCCUUUCUCAUGCACAGUGGGAAGUCCAGUGGCAGGAGUUCCUCAGGACGAUGGAAUCCUCUCACUCUCCAUGGGGAAUGCCACCUUUGCCAGAGAAACCUUCCCAUUGGGAGGAUGCCAAGGCCUUUCUGGUCUCCUUUGAGCAAGUGGCCAAAGCCUGUCAGUGGCCCAGAAGUGAAUGGGCGAUCCGACUCCUGCCUGCCCUCAGCAGAGAAAGAAGGAAGGCCUUUAACAGUCUGGAUGUUAGAGACAGAGAGGAUUAUGGGAUGAUGAAGGCAGCCAUCUUGCGAUGGGACAUGCUGAAUUGGGAGAAGCAGCGUGAAGAAUUCAGGUGUUUCCACUACGAGGAGGCCAAAGGUCCCCGGGAGGCUUGCAGCCGACUGUGCAAGAUGUGCCGUGCGUGGUUGAGAGUGGAGAAUCACAGCAAGGAGCAGAUCCUGGAGCUCUUGGUCUUGGAGCAACUGCUGAACAUCCUGCCCCCAGAAAUCCAGAGCCAGGUGAGGGAGAGUGGCCCCCAGGAUUGCUCCCAGGCGGUGACACUGGCUGAGGAGUUCCUCUUGAGGCCAAAGAAGCAGGUGCCCUUGGAGGAGGAGGCUGAAGGUAUCUCUGAGGCAGGAGAGGUUCCACCUGAGAACAAGCAGAGGCAUCCCUCGAUGAGCAUCAAGGAAGAGGAGGACGGAGACGCUGAUCCACUGGGGCGAAGCCCCAUUUGGAAGAGGAGAACAUAUUGUUUCCCUACAGCGCCAGUACUGAGGGAUCGUUCAGACCAAGAAAUGGAGAAAGAGGCUACCGCAGUUCCCAAAUUGGGGGAAGUUUCAGAGAGGAGACAAAUAGCCCCUCAUGUCAUCCAGGCUGGGAGUAUCAGAGAAAUCCUGCAAAGGAGAACAGGACAACCUGCAGGGGAAAGAUCCCUUUCCCUCAAGCAGUGGGAAGCCAAGUGGCAGGAAUUCCUCAAGACGCUGGAGUCUUCCCACUCUCCAUGCAGGAUCCCCCCCUUGCUAGAGAAACCUUCCCCUUGGGAGGAUGCCAAGGCCUUUCUGACUGCCUUUGAGCAAGUGGCCAAGGCCUGUCAGUGGCCUCAGGAAGAGUGGGCGACCCAAAUCCUGCCAGCCCUCAGUGGAGAUGCCAAGCAGGCCUUUAACAAGCUAGAUAUCCAAGGCAGAGAGGAUUAUGGGAAGGUGAAGGCAGCCAUCUUGCAUGGGGAAGCCUUGAGCAGAGAAAAGCAGCGCCAGCAGUUCAGGGGCUUCUGCUACCAGGAGGCUGAGGGGCCAUGGGGGGCUUACAUCCAACUGCGGGAAAUGUGCCAUGGGUGGCUGAGAGUGGAAAAUCACAGCAAGGAGCAGAUCCUGGAGCUCUUGAUCCUGGAGCAGUUGCUUAACAUCCUGCCCUGUGAGAUAGCGAGCCGAGUGAGGGAAAGCAUCCCUGAGAGCUGCUCCCAUGCAGUGGCCCUGGCUGAGGAGUUCCUCUUGAGGCUGGAGAAGCAGGUGCCCUUGAAGGAGGAGGCUGGAAGAGUCUCUGAGGCAAGCAAGAGCGAGCAGGGGCAUUACUCAAUGAACAUCAAAGAAGAGGAGGGCAGAGAGACCUGCCCGCUGGCUGGAAGCAUAGCGGAGAUGGCUCGGGAAUUACAGUGGUCGUCACUUGAAAAUGCAAAGGAAGAAGGCAGCUUUAGGCAUCCAGAUGGAAUCAAGAAGGAGGCAGACAACACAGAUGAAAAGAGGGAUAAGCCCAUCCUAUGCCAAGGAGGGAGCUUUCAUGAAAACCCAGCCCAAGAAAAAAGGUCCGCCAAAAGCAAAAUAAAUGAAACCAUCCAUUUUAACCAGAGAAUCCAUUUAAGGGAAAGCUUAAAUGAAAGCCUGGCUUCUGGAAAGAGCUUUAUUCAGAAAAUGAGAGUUGUUUCCCAGGAACAAAAUCAACCAGGAGAGAAAUUGUAUAAGUGCUUGGAGUGUGGAAAAAACUUUGGUCAUCAAACAACCCUUGUUUUGCAUCAAAGGAUUCACUCACCUGAUCAGGAAUGUAAGGAAGAUGAGGAACUGCAUCAGCCAUCACCAGCUAAAGCCAAGAGUCAAGGGUCAAAACGAAAUAGAGACAAGAAGCGGAAAGGGAUCCAAGUGGUCAGGAAGAAGGAUCAACCCUUUCCUUGCAAAGGAGGGGAUUUCCGUGAAGUAAUUAACGUGAGAAAAGAAACAUACAAAGGCUUGGAGUGUGGAAUGGACUUCCAAGUUCAAACCCAAUAUAACAUCCGUUUGCAAAGCAACAGUGGAAAGAACACUUUGAAAUGUCGGGAGUGUGGGAAGAGCUUCCGUUGCAGAUCAGAGCUUCUGAAACAUCAAAGGAUCCUCAUGAGGGGGAAAGUAUAUAGCUGCUCACCCUGUGGCAAGAGCUUCUCAUAUAAAGCAGACCUUAUUCACCAGCAAAGAAUUCAUUCAGGAGAGAUGCCAUUUAUUUGCUUAAGGAGUGGGAAAAGACUCUCUGAUGAAAAAAAGGACAAAGCACAUUUUCCAAAGCACAAUACCAUGAAGGCACAUAAAUGCUUUCAGUGUGGAAAAUACUUCAGAUACAGAUCUCACAUGCUUGUGCACCGAAGAAGCCACACAGGACAGAAAUGUUUUGAAUGCUCAGUAUGUGGAAAGAAAUUCAUUAGGUGUUUCUAUCUCCAGCGGCAUCUAAGAACCCACACAGGGGAGAAACCUUUUGAGUGCUCAGAGUGUGGAAAGAAAUUCAGUCAGACUGGCAGUCUUCAACAACAUCUAAGAAUUCAUACAGGGGAGAAACCUUUUAAAUGCUCCGAUUGUGGAAAGAAAUUCAGUAGGAGUUGCAAUCUUCAGCGGCAUCAAAAAACACACACAAGAGAGGCACCAUUUGAAUGUUCAGUGUGUGGAAAGAGCUUCAAAUGGAGUUGUAAUCUUGAACGGCAUCAGAGAAUCCACACAGGGGAGAAACCUUUUGAAUGUCCAGAUUGUGGAAAGAAAUUUAUUCAGACUGGCAGUCUACAGCAGCAUCUAAGGACUCAUACAGGGGAGAAACCUUUUGAAUGCUCCGAGUGUGGAAAGAAAUUCAUUACAAAUUGCAACCUUCAGAGGCAUCAAAGCACACACACAGGAGAGACACCUUUUGAAUGCUCAGAAUGUGGAAAGAAAUACAGUUGGGUAUACCAGCUCCAACAGCAUCUAAGAACCCACACAGGAGAGAAACCUUUUGAAUGCUCAGAUUGUGGAAAGAAAUACAGUCGGAUGUACCAGCUCCAACAGCAUCUAAGGACCCACACAGGGCAGAAACCUUUUGAAUGUUCAGACUGUGGGAAGAAAUUCAAUAGGAGAUACCAUCUUCUACAGCAUCAAAGAACCCACACAGGGGAGAGACCUUUUGAAUGCUCAGAGUGUGGAAAGCGCUUCAAAUGGAGUAGUGAUCUUCAACGACAUCAAAGAACCCACACAGGAGAGAAACCUUUUGAAUGUUCAGAUUGUGGAAAGAAAUUCGGUCAGAGUGGCAGUCUACUACAGCAUUUAAGAACUCACACAGGGGAGAAACCUUUUGAAUGCUCAAAGUGUGGAAAGAAAUUCCAAAUAAGUUGCAAUCUUCAGCGGCAUCAAAGAUCACACUUGAGGAAACAUCGUUUGAAUGUUCAGAGUGUGGAACAAAAUUCAGUUGGAUAGACCAGCUCCAACAGCAUCUGCCAACAGCAUCUGCCAACAAGGGAGAAACCUUUUUGAACAUUCAGAUUGUUGAAUGCAAUAGAGUAGGAUGGACAACGUGCAACAGCAUCUGAGAACCCACACAGGAGAGAAACCUUUUGAGUCUUCAGACUGGAAAGAAAUUCAAUAGGAGAUGCUAUCUUCUACAGCAUCAAAGAACCCACACAGGAGAGACACCUUUUGAAUUAUCAGAGUGUGGAAAGAGCUUCAACUGGAGCAGUAAUCAAAAAAACCCACAUGGGGGAUGGGAUAAUUUAAAAAAAAAUAAUAAAUAUUUAUUUUGAAUUUUUAAUGGGGUACAGAAUAGAAAAAAGGAGACUGUUUAAAAUGCAUAAAAUGUAGUUACCAAAGACACAAUGUAAAUGGCAAUUUUACAAAUAUAUAAUACACAACCAAAAGAAAA